AGUUUGCCACCUAACGUUUGUUGAAUAGCGUGGACAGAAGGCUAUCACUAGCGUUCUAAUUGUGGCUAAUCAAGGAUGUCAAGGAAAAUUAUUAGCUAGCUGGCUAAUGUUAGCUUGCUAACUAACUAGCGCUAGAUACAGACGUUAAGAUUCAGUCGGUUGAAGUUGCAUUGAUAACCAAAAGGCCAUAUAGUGUGCUAGCCGAUUCCGGGUUGUCUGGGAACACCUCAAUGUGCACCGCUCGCGAACACUAAUGUUAGCUAGCCGAAACCAUAAUGUUUUGGGUCGAUGUGACAGACGAUGGUUUAGCUUAGCUAACUGCAGUGUCAAAGGCUAACGUUACUUGCUCUGGUAGACAUAGGAGCAUAAUAAACACAAGCCAUCAUGAUUGCGGAAAUGUAAAAUGUGCUGGCACUAGCACUUGGUAGUAAAGUUUAACAUUGGCUAAUGAAGAAAAACUGUACUGAUACAGCCGAACGUGUGAUGAGCUAGUCAUUAUUCACCAGAGGUGCGCCAGUUUAGCUUGCUAGCUAGCUAACGCCGAAUGAACACAUUUCAAUUGUUCUUCGGGUGAGGUUGGUUGCCACUUGGCUAUCUAGCUAGCUAUCCCAAUGCUACUAAGUUAGCCAAGCCUGUUUGCGAAUGUUUCAUUCGGUGUGAUUUUUAAAAGGACGGCUUAUUGGAUCGCUAUGUAACUUAGGUCAUAUUUGUACGGAUACAAGCACUUGUUCUGUUUUGACAAUGGUGGCGGUAACGAACGAGUAUAUUGGCUGUUAAAAAGUGACUGGUAAUAAUGGAAAUUAAGUUGUGCUUUCCGUCAAGGUUCAUCUCGUUUUAAAAUACAGGCUAGCUAUUACAACACAUGUUGUCCAUUAAAUUGCCACGCUCUCAGUCUCGUAGAUUAAGUAUAGUGUUCCAGAUCGUUGACCGGUACAGCUGUUGGCCGGGCCUGCCUUCUGGUCGGCAGCUCGCCUGUGUGGGGGGUGUCAUCGAUGUAACAGAUCGUAAUCGUACAUCCAGCGUCACGAUGGGUCAGGACAGGGGGAAGUAUGACUUCUACAUUGGGCUGGGGUUGGCCAUCAGCUCCAGCGCGUUCAUCGGGGGCAGCUUCAUUCUAAAGAAGAAGGGUCUAUUGCGUCUGGCCAGGAAGGGCUCUAUGCGGGCCGGUCAAGGUGGUCAUGCCUAUCUGAAAGAGUGGCUUUGGUGGGCUGGUUUAUUAUCAAUGGGAGCUGGUGAAGGGGCCAAUUUCGCUGCUUAUGCUUUCGCCCCAGCCACCCUCGUCACCCCCUUAGGAGCCCUGAGUGUCCUUGUGAGCUCGGUCCUGUCCUCGCACUUCCUGUCGGAGAGGCUGAACCUGCACGGGAAGCUGGGAUGCCUCCUCAGCAUCCUGGGCUCCACCACUAUGGUGAUCCACGCGCCCAAGGAGGAGGAGAUUAACAGCCUGGAAGAAAUGGCCAAGAAACUUGUGGAUCCAGGAUUUGUGCUGUUUGCGACAUUCGUUGUCAUCGUGGCCCUCAUCCUCAUCUUCGUCGUGGGCCCCCGGCACGGACAGACCAACAUCCUGGUCUACAUCACCAUCUGCUCCGUUAUCGGUGCCCUGUCAGUGUCCUGCGUCAAAGGACUGGGCAUCGCCAUAAAAGAGGUGAUCGCGGGGAAGCCCACCAUCCAGAACCCCCUGUCCUGGCUCCUCCUCCUCAGCUUGGUGGCUUGCGUCAGCACCCAGAUCAACUACCUGAACAAGGCCCUGGACAUCUUCAACACCUCGCUGGUGACGCCCAUCUACUACGUCUUCUUCACCACAUCGGUGCUCACCUGCUCCGCCAUCCUCUUCAAGGAGUGGGAGCACAUGGGCGCCGAUGACAUCAUCGGCACCUUGGCCGGCUUCGUCACCAUCAUCGUGGGCAUCUUCCUGCUGCACGCCUUCAAGGACGUCAGCAUCAACCUGGCGAGCCUGGCCGUGUCCAUGCGCAAGGAGGAGCGGGGACCGCCCGUGGCCAACGGCCUGGCCACGCACGCCUCGUACCAGCUGCUGGACAGCGUCUCCGCCGGGGACAUGGAGGCGGGCCCGCCCUUCGAGAGCGUCUCCAGGAGAAACGGCGCUACGGCGGCCUUGUAGGGACACAGAGCCGAGUCGCUGGCCCCCAACUGAAGGCGGUGUGUGUGUGCGUGUGCGUGUGUGUGUGAAAACGGACUAAACUUGAGACAAUCGAGUAAAAGAAAGCCUUGGACGGACCAAUGGAUUGUGCUAACAUUUCUGUUUGCCUUAUCUGUCACUUUUUUGGAAUUUAACAUGACUACAUGAUUAGGUUCCAUCUCACCCAUGUAGCAGUGUAAAUAUUAUUCCCAAUGUUUUUAAAAAAUGAUUUUCAUAUUCUUUCUGUACAGAGAUCUGUAUUUACAUGCACAGAGUUAAUUUCUAUAAAUUAAAUUGGUUGGUUCCCUUAACUUUAUAAUAAAUCCAAUCCUAAUGGGAACAAAUGUCCAAUGGGCAGGUUUCACACUGUUUUCAGGACCAUAGAGGUUCUUUUUCUCAAUGAUACUUGAAGGCAUUUUUUGAUUUAUUUUUCUUUUUUUUUUUUAUAUAUAUAAAACAAGAUGCAUUACAUAGAGAUGAUGAUUUAUUUAGUUCAAAUGAGAUUACAAAUGAAGUCAGAGGCAAUAAAUGGUUAACAUGAGUAAAAA